GACAGAGAGACAGAGCGUUCGCAAACUCGUGUUCAUUCUCCAUCAUCGGGCUGCGCUGAACAGAGCUGCUUCAAUCCACAGCUGGAAUAUAGCCUCCUUAUAUCUGCUGAUAUUUAAUCUCAUCUAUAGCAUUCAUCAGGUCUGUCAUCACGUUUCAGGAUAAAGCGCAGGAGCGAUGGACGUGCUGACGUUCUGAGUGACAGGUUUGUUGUGUAGCGCAGGCGCCCCCUGUUGAAGGCUGAGUGGCAUGAGCGCGUGCGGGAGGAAGGCUCUGACCCUGCUCAGCAGUGUGUUUGCAGUAUGCAGUCUGGGGCUGCUGGGGAUUGCCGUCAGCACUGACUACUGGCUGUACCUGGAGGAGGGCAUCAUACUGCCGCUGAACCAGACCACUGACAUACGCAUGUCAAUACACUCCGGUCUCUGGAGGGUCUGCUUCCUCGCAGGUGAGGAGAGGGGCCGUUGUUUCACGAUUGAGUAUGUGAUGCCCAUGAGUGUUCAGCUGACCAGUGAAUCCACCAUCAGUGUAUUGAAGAUGAUCCGCUCUGCCACACCGUUCCCACUGGUCAGUUUGUUCUUCAUGUUCAUUGGUUUUGUGCUGAACAAUAUCGGACACAUUCGGCCUCACCGCACCAUCCUGGCCUUCGUCUCUGGAAUCUUCUUCAUCCUGUCAGGUCUGUCUCUGGUGGUGGGUUUGGUUCUCUACAUCUCCAGUAUCAAUGAUGAGAUGUUGAACAGGACUAAGAGUAAUGAGACGUAUUUCAGCUAUAAGUACGGCUGGUCAUUUGCGUUUGCUGCCAUCUCCUUCCUGCUUACUGAGAGUGCAGGUGUGAUGUCUGUGUACCUGUUCAUGAAGCGUUACACAGCAGAGGAGAUGUAUCAGCCGCACCCCAGCUUCUACCGGCCGCGCCUCAGCAACUGCUCGGAUUACUCAGGUCAGUUCCUGCAUCCCGAAGCCUGGACGCGCGGACGCAGCCCCUCAGACAUAUCCAGUGACGCCUCGCUGCCGAUGAACGCCAGCUACCCCGCGCUGCUCAAGUGCCCCGAAUACGACCAGGUGUCCUCAUCGCCAUGCUGAACAACAGGACGGGUGUACAGAUAGAAGGAUGGACAGAAGAAUAUGCAGUGGAUGGAUGGAUGGAUGGAUGGACAGUAGUAUGUGUAUAGUGAAUGUUUGGGUUGUGCAAUAGUUAAGUUUUACAUAUAUAUAUAUAUAUAUAUAUAUAUACAUGCUGUGCUUUGCCUUAUAAAAGGGAAACAACUGAUAGAAUGUAUGAUCAUACUUUUCUUAUUCUGUUCGUCCAUUUGUUCCAGCAGGUGGCAGUAUAGUAUUCCUCUCUGGAGCAUGCACCGUGGCUCACACACUGGUGAGCUGUAUAUUAACAGUGUGCAUUAUGUUUAAAAUACAUUCUCAAUUGGCUGUAGAUUUAAGUAAACAUUUAUGGUGCUUAUCAAUAUGAAUUUGAGAGAUUUGUUGCUGAUACAAGAAACAAUGAUUCGUAAAUGUAGCCAUAGAAAACUAUUGUUGAACGUUAGUCCGAAAUGAAUUUGUAAUGUAUAUUUUACAAUUCAGUACCUCAUAUUAUAUGCCAUAUAUAAAGGUAUUCUAAUAGAAAUCAAAAUGAUGUUGUUUUGAUGAAAUUAUUGCGAAAUAGGUGUAGAGAGUGUCUUGAUACCUAUAGGACAAAAUUACAUUCAAAAAAAUGAAAAUGAUGGAUAAAAUACAAACAUCAAAACCAGUAUGUAUUAUUGCAGAUCAGUAAUAACUGAAACAUAUCAAAGUAGAAUACUGACAUUACAUGUGUGAUCAUACUGUAUAUCCAACUGUACAUUGUAGCCCUUCAUAGCUCUCAACAUAAUAUGUGUUUCCUUUCUGGUGUCAAUAUAUAAUUGACUGAAAUAAUCUUUAUAAACUGACAUGACUUUUUGUUUCUUAAUAUUUGUUUAGUUUACAGUAUAUAUACAUUUAUCAUGGUGUUUGGAAACCAUUUAUGCACAAUUCUAAGUACAAUGUAGAACACAAGUCAUUUCUAUUAUUUGUGUGUGCAUGCAUCUGUAAUGUUGCUUUUGUAAAUGCUUUCCAUAGCUGUUAUACUUUCUCGAUUGAUAUUUUGUAAGUGUCAUUUGUACAUGUACGGAUAUAUUUAGCAGCUCUUAAAAGCCAUUUUAGUAAUGGGAGGUAUUAUUAUGUAGUUUAAAUUUAACAAAAUCAAAGUGAUAAAAUCUCUGUUACCAGGUAUGGUGUCAUAUUAAAGUACGAUCAGUAGGGUCACAUCUUUGUAAACUCUGUGAUGUGUGGGGGAAAAUCACUCAUGAACAUUUGAGAUUUAUGUAUGCUUUAUGUAUCCAUAUUUCAUAUACAAUAUGACGAAUAGCUUAUACAGACAUAUACAAAUUAAUCUGGAGCCCUAAAGGGCAUUGAAGAUAGUAUUCCAGCCCUGGACAGGGCUUUUAUUUUACAACACAUAUAAAUUGCUACUGGAUUUAGAAAAAAAAAAAAAAAAAAAGCAUUUCCAGAAUUACAUGGUAAUUUUCCCUGACAUAAGUACAUUAGCUUUUAAGGCCUCUCAGCAAAAGAGCCCUACCAUUAAAGAUGAUGUAUAAUUACCAGUAGAUUUAUAUGCUAUAGAUUGUACUUACACAAAAAAUAAGACAGAUGUUUACAGUAUUUACACAUAACUUAGACCUAUAUCAAUUAAGAGUAGAAUAAAAUCAUUUCACAAAGAAAAUAAAUACAAAAAGAUAUUUAACUAUAUUUUGUAAAGGGAACACAAAAGCAAGCAAUUCAUUCAUGUCACAUCAAAACAUCAUCCGUAACAGUAGAUAGUGUCUUUUAUACUCAAAAUCAGAACGGAAAGGUUAAUGUACAUGAGAAAUUGAAACUAUAUACUGUAUGUCAUUUGUUUGUCAUUUCUCAUGAAAUCAGUCCAGCUGACUCCAGACUGCCACCUAGUAUUAGCAUUAGAUUCAUUUACAUUUAUUCAAGCUUACUGUGUGAUCACAUGCACACAGGUGUCAUGGCGGGUUACCGUUUCAGAGCCCUGUAUAAUCACACUGCCAGGCCGCUGGUCAGUGAUUGUAAAUAGAUCACGUCUCAUUCGGAAUAGAUAGCUUUUCUAUCUGACAUCUGAAGUGAUGCACUGUCUACACCAGACGCGAGCGUCGCGUCGCAUCCAAAGCCAAUGGCUCCCACUAAUAUGCAUGCUGUCUACACCGGAAGCGUUCAUCGUUGACGAGCUGCAGAGCUACUUCUGCCAAUUUAUUAUCCCUUCCAUGUGAAUCUAUUUGCCUUGAGUUUUAUUCAUUACAUAUUUAAAUAUCUUCGGUUACUUACGAUUAUAUACAUACAUAAGAGUUUGUGUUUUAAAAUGGUAGAGAGCUGUUUCUCCUGGUUUCUGUUUAGUUAGUUAAAUAAUAGUUGGGUUGCCUUUACUGGUAAAUGUACCACAUGUGCUGUUCACACAUGGACAUUUAUAGGUACUUAUGAUAGAACUUCUCAUUAAGGAAAAUUGCCAGAACAAAUUUACCAGUAUUUUCAAAAAGGUUGUGUUCACACAUGACCUCAAACAUGAAAAUUACAGUACAUUUUCUGGGAAAGGCUGUAUGUGUGAAAAGGGCUUAUGUGCGCUGCAUUAGCAAUCACAUUUUCUUUACAGUGUACAGUAAAAAUUACAGUAAAGUUGCUGAUUGUACUAAUUUAAUCAACUUUGGUUUCUAUCCACAUGUAUAUGCUGUAGGGGUGUGCAGCGAAGCCAUUAUCUGUAUCUGUACCUGUUGCAAUGGCAAAAAUGAUCUGGAUCUGUAAUUGGAUAUAACCGGAUGUGGGCGGGGCUUGAACCGUACGUGCGUUCAAACUAAAUAAAAAGCCCAUUUUUAUAUUUUUAUUUAUUGUUUCCAUAAAGUAAUUAUGCCUUGUAUAAUUCAUACAGUUAUUUAUUUUAUUAUUAUUAUUAUUAUUAUUAUUAUUAUUAUUAUUACUAUUAUUAUUAUGCAUACUACUUUCUUUUUUUGUUGUUGUUGUUUUUGCGUGCAGAACAGCGCAUCGUUCACCCUGAAGUGCACAUAGACCAUGUAGGCUAUUAAUUUCAUUUUAUCAGCCUUUUGCGGUUUAAUAAUCACAUGACGGUAUCAUGAUUUUGAUACAUUGUGCAGCCCAGUUAUACCAUUGGUGAUAACAUUUCUGCUGAAAAUAAAGAUACAGAUUAUUCACCAUUUAACCGUUGCUGAAGUCUACUCAAGCUUUCUGCAUGUCAUUUAGAAAGUUUAUUUCCACGCUUCCAGUGUAAAAAGCCUCAAGCCGUCGCGUUAAUGGAUGUGUCCAGUGUAGACAGGGUGUCAGAGUUCUUAAAGGAAUAGUACAGCCAAAAAUGACAAUUCUGUAAUUAUGUACGCACCCUCAUCAGAAUCUUUUCACAGCUUUUUUACAUAUAAUGAUAGUUCAUAUGGACCAGGACUGUCAAGCUCCAAAAAGCAAAAAAAAAAAAAAAAGUAUCACAGAAGUAUUCCAUAUGACUCAUGCACUAUAUUCCAAGUCUUUAUUCCUUAAGUCAUAUGACGUCAAUGUUAAGUUAUUAUUCACGAAUAAUAUUGCCCUUCCCCAAAGUUCACGUUUAGCCCAUGUUCAUAAAUUUAAAAGUGGCUUUUUGUGUGUGUGUGUGGCAAAAGGUGCGUAACAAUUCUUGAAAAAUGUAUACUUUUGUGUUAGGGUUUGUAAAUAAUGACAAAAAUUUCAUUUUUGGUGAACUAUUCCUCUAGGCCAGAAACAUACUUUACGUAAGUACAUGUAUGCAGAUGCGAACACAUUGACAACGCAUGGUCUGGUUGAACAUGCUUACAUGUAUAGUCAAAUGCUCUAGCUUUACCAUUUGACCAUGCAAACAUACACAGCCGAUUGACACAUGCGCACUACGACUGCUAUAAGAUAUUGGACCAUUUCUCUUCAGGAGUUUUGACCCAUAAAAAUGUCUUUAUGGUCUUUCAAUCUGAAUUUAUACAAAUGCAGGUAUCUCCUAACCUCCUCACUCAUGUGCUCUUGAUGUGCACAUCCACUGUUGUUGUUUCCACCUUCGUCUUCUGUUGUUCACCAGUGUUUAUUGCAAUAGCCAAACAGGGAGUUUUGCCACCUUGUGGACCCGCUAAUAAUACAUUGUAUGUGUGUACAGAGCUCGUGCAACCUGCUGAUGAUGAAAUUGACAUCACUUGCCCGGUCCACAUAUGCUAGCAUAUGUAAAAGGUAGGUUGCUAUAAAUGUAUUGACUAACUUAACUUACUAGCUCAGCAAUAUUCUCUACAAACUGUUGCUGACAGUAGUUGGCUUAAAAGAGAAAACCCACCAUAAAAGCGGACAGUUCACACUAAUGUCCACUACAGCGCCCCUUGUGGCAACACUAAUGAAUGCAACAAGUACUUGCGUUGUGUUAUGAAUUGCAGUCUGACACAUUCUGGAGCGCAACUAUGCACAAAAUCAAGCUUGCGUAGCUAAAAGUUUCUGCAUUCACAUUCUUGCGUAGAGUAUGUUUUGGCCUUUAAACAACUUCCUUUGGACUCUCAAGUGAGCCGCCCUGGUAUACAAACCGACAUCCAUGCAAAUUCAAACAGAUCAUGACAGCUGUUUUUAUAUGAAUAGAAACACAAGAAAGGAACUAUAAACAUUGAAUUCAUUAGAAUGCUCCUUUAAAACGUCAGAAACACUCACACAAAGGCUGUCCCAGAAGGCAGUGUGUUUG